AUGAAGAUUCUUAGUAUUUGGUAUACACUUUAAUUAGAUCAAAGUCCUAUUAUGUGCAGUAGAGGUUUUUCUUAUUUGUUUGGUAAAUAUUUUAUAAAGAUUCUGACCUUUUCCUUUAAUAAGUAAGAAAAAAAAAAGAGAAGGGAGGAGCUCCUAUUUAAGGGUUUAUUGUAAGCAGUAAUUAGCAUGUCAGAUGUUCACUAUACAAUUAUUGCAACUUUCUGUAUGUUUGAAAAUUUCCACAAUAAAAAUAUUGGUAAGUCAUGGAUGAUCAUUAAAAUAAACAGUAAUUUGCCAGCCCUACAGGUUGUUGUGUGUUUUUCUACUCUAUUUCAUUUAUUUAGGAAACUAUAAAUAAAUGUGUUUUGUUCACUCCUAGCCCUAGCCGUGGGAUAAUGGGAAUGUCUCAUUGUAUGAAGGAGGUUUCUCUACAGCGAUACCAGUAUUCAAGAAGAUGGAGGGGUUGGUGAUGUUCAGGGAUGUGGCUGUAGACUUCUCUCGGGAGGAGUGGGAGUACCUGGACUCUACUCAGAGGGAUUUAUAUAGAGAUGUAAUGAUGGAGAAUUACAGCAACCUAGUCUUACUAGGAGUCUCUAUUCCUAAACCAGAUGUGAUUUUCUUAUCGGAGCAAGGGGAAGAACCCUGGAUGGUUUCAAGGAAUGUGGCGGGAGGAUGGUGCCCAGAAUUUUUAUUUCUCCCCAAAGAGGAAACACCACGUGUUUACUUUCUGGUUAUCUUUCAGACUUGGAGUUCAGAUGCAAAACCAAGGAAUUGUGUCUGCAAAAAGAAAUCUAUGAAGUAACAUCAUCCCAGUGGAUGAUGACUGAAACAAAUCAUAUUCCUGUGGGCUCCGGUAUCAGAGAUGUCUGGGAAUGCAAAGGCCAGUUUAAGAGGCGACAGAUAAAUCAGGAGGGAUAUCUGGGGCAAGCAUUAAUGACUUACGAAAAAAUGCCAACUUUCAGCCUACAAACAUCUCUUACUCUACACCAGCAAAUUUAUCCUGGAGAGAAAUUCUAUAGAUUCAAAGAAUGUGGGAAGGCCUUUAUUUAUGGCUCAGGACUUAUGGGACAGCAAAGAAUUCAUAUUGGUGAGAAAGCCUAUAAAUGUAAGGAGUGUGAGAAGGUCUUUAGUCAUUUUUCCUAUCUUACUGAACAUCAGAGAAUUCACACUGGUGAGAAACACUACGAAUGUAAGGAAUGUGGAAAAGCCUUCAUUCGUGGUUCACAUCUUAUUCAACAUCAGAGAAUUCAUACAGAUGAGAAACCCUAUGAAUGUCAAGAAUGUGGGAAGGCCUUUAGACAAUCUGCACAUCUUACUUGACACCAAAGAAUUCAUACUGGUGACAAACCUUAUAAAUGUAAGGAAUGUGGGAAAGCUUUUAUUUGUGGCUCAGAACUCACUCGACAUCAGAGAAUUCAUACUGGUGAGAAACCCUAUGGUUGUAAGGAAUGUGGGAAGGCCUUUAGACUGAGUUCACAACUUGGUCAACAUCAGCGACUUCAUACUGGUGAGAAACCUUAUCAAUGUAGGGAAUGUGGGAAGGCCUUUCUUCGUGGCUCACAACUUACUGAACACCAGAGAAUUCAUCCUGGUAUGAAACACUAUGAAUGUAAAGAAUGUGGGAAGGCCUUUAUCUGUGGUUCCCAACUUUUCCAACAUCAUCAAAUUCAUACUGGUGAGAAAUCCUAUGAAUGUAAACAAUGUGGGAAAGCCUUUAUUUGUGCCUCACAAUGUACUCAACAUCAGCGAAUUCAUACUGCCAAGAAGCCCUAUAAUUGCAAAGAAUGUGGAAAAGCCUUUAUCUGCGGCUCAGAACUUGCCCGACAUCAUAGCAUUCAUACUGGUGAGAAACCCUAUGAAUGUAAGGAAUGUGGGAAGGCCUUUAGACAGACUGCACACCUUGCUCAACAUCAGAGAAUUCACACUCUAACAUAAUUUUGCCAUUCAUUUGUCAUAGAGCAUCAGAUUUCAUGCUGGAAUAAAAUACAGUGGAUAUGGCAGUUCCUUUUACCUAGUAUUCAGUUUAUUCAGAACCAGAAAAUUUGAUACUGAGAAAAAUUGACAAUGAAUGUAGAAGAGUUUUCUGUCAUGACCCAAACCUUAUGAAAAUUCUACAGAUUCACCCUAGGGAAUGUAGUGAAUGAGAAAAGGCUACCAUUUGCUAUUUAUAUGAUGUGAGGCAAAUUGACUUCUCUUGCUUAAAUUUACUAAUGGGUAAACUGUUGAUAGUAAUAGUAUUUGUAAUAAGGAGUCUGACUCUAGUCUUGAUGUUUGGCCACUGAUUUCUUUUAAGCCUCAUCUUCCCUAUCCACUUUGGCCCCACAUCUGGAAAGGCUGACAGGAAAGCCUGUGUAUCCCUCAUCCUUUGGGGCCAGUGGGAAAUUUAAAUUUUGCAAAUUCCAGCCUACAUCCAUCCAGUCCCACCCACUGUCUAAAAGCCAACCUAUUCUCUCUUGCCUUAUUCAAGCCAC